UGUGCUGAUCUUCUAUUACCAUGAUGCCUAUCAUAUUGCAUCUUUUUCUUCUUUUUUCCCCCUUUUUAUUUUUUCUUUUCUUUUUUAAUGACCCAAGUGAUGUUCCCUUCUCUGUGUGGUGGGUGUGCAGGAGUGAUGGACGCUCCCCUCUCUGUUGCAGGCGGUGGCGCCAGUGGUGUGUCCCGUCUGUGGCAAGAGCGUGAGUGGCAUUAAUGGCAAGCAAAAACUCAGGUACCAUAUGCUGACCCACACUGGCGAGAGACUUUUCCAAUGUCCACACUGCCCACACCGUGCUAGCCUCAAGUUCAACCUCAAUCGCCACAUUCGAACCGUGCACAGAGACUUGCAGAGUUCUCAGGCGAUGCAGCUGGAGAACUGGAAUGCAAGGAAUAUCCAGACGUCCAAUACAGAGACUUGGAAUCAUUGAUUAUUUAAAUCACAAGUGUCAAUUCUCAUAGCAGAAUAACCGGAGUAAAAGAAAAAAAAAAAAGCCACAUUGUAUGUCUUUGAGUUAAAACCCAAAUGUCGCACACCAACAGCCAUGCAUGAGCAAGAUGUGAAGAUGUAAAUUGGCCUGAACCUAUUCUGACUGAGUAGUGUGGCGAGAUGGGGAUAAUAAUAUUUUUCUCCCAUUUUCUUUUGACUCAGUCUGAUAAGCAGAUGGGGUUCCAUCCUUUGCAGACCUUAGUGGUAGAGGGCUUCAGAUGGUGUCAUUCUUUACAGGGCGGGGGUCGCAGCGGGAAGCUUGGUGGGGGUGAGGCCGAGGCGCUGGCCUGCUCUGUGUGUGGCAAGCUCAUCACAGGUCGCAACCGUCGACAGCGUCUCCAGUACCACCUGUCGACUCAUUCAGGAGAGCGCCCCCACCACUGCCCUUUCUGCCCCUACCGUGCACAUCACAAGUUUACUUUGGAUCGGCAUGUUCGCACAGUCCAUAGAGAUCACUUCGUCCUUAGAGAUGCCCCUUCCACACAUGGUGUAGCACAGACGCUGCCAUCCUCCACCGUUUCUGAGGGAGCCCCUCCUUCAAUGGGCCCCUCCAUCACUAUGUCUGGGUUGGCCCGGCUAAUGGAGGACACCCAAGGGGUUGCAGAUCACACUUGAUAAAAGAAUUAUGAGUGGCCAUUAGUGUUUGGUAGUUCUCUGGGGAUUGUGGCAAGUGUUCCUGUAAAUAAUAGU